GUGCCACCGAAGUCUAUUCUGAGCUUCUAGGAAGCAUCCACGACUACGUGUUGACAGAUAUAAGGAAUUAAAGUCGUCAUUUUGGACCAACUCAAGCCCGCUUUUACUUUCUCUGGAUCAAAUGCCUCAAAUUGAGAAACCCUAAUCAACACAAUUCCUCAAUUCACCCCACUUUUUUCUCUCUAAAUUCUUCUUCAAAUCUUAUUCGUAUAUGGCAGUGGUUCUUGAUUCGGUAACACCGGCUCCAACAACGGCUUCCUCUCUCGCUCCUGGGUUUAGGUUUCAUCCAACGGAUGAAGAACUUGUACGGUAUUAUUUGAGGCGUAAGAUUUGCGGCAAACCCUUCCGAUUUGACGCUAUUUCUGAUGUUGAUGUCUACAAAGUCGAACCUUGGGAUCUUCCAGGUCUGUCCAGGCUUAAGAGCAGAGAUCUGGAAUGGUACUUUUUCAGUGUCCUGGAUAAGAAGUAUGGGAAUGGGUCACGUACAAAUCGAGCAACUGAUAAAGGGUACUGGAAGACAACUGGGAAAGACCGGUCUGUUUACCAUAGGUCUCAACUGGUUGGCAUGAAAAAAACUCUGGUGUAUCAUAGUGGUCGGGCUCCAAAGGGAGAAAGGACAAACUGGGUUAUGCAUGAAUACAGACUCAUUGAUCAGGAGUUGGAAAAAGCUGGAAUUGUCCAGGAUUCAUUUGUCCUCUGUAGAAUCUUCCGGAAGAGUGGUUCCGGACCUAAAAAUGGUGAACAAUAUGGGGCUCCAUUUGUUGAGGAGGAAUGGGAGGAUGAUGAACUGGUAAUGGUCCCCAAGCAGGAGUUUGCUGAAGAUUUUCCUGUUGAUGAUGAUGAUGCCUACUUAGAUGCAAAUGACCUUGAACAGAUUCUUGGCUCAGAUACACCAGACAAAGUUGCUCCCCUUCCAUUGGAGUUGCAUGAUGGUGAUAAUCUCAGCAGUGCUGAGGUGUCCACAGAAAUGAUCGAAGACCCUCAAAAGAAUGGGAUGGAUCCAAAAUCUGUGAAGCAUGAAUACAUUGGUGAAACAAACAAUGCCUCAGAUUUUGAUGUGGAUUACUUGCUUGAUGAGCCCUUUUUUGAUGCUUCUACUGGUGACUUUCAGUUUGAUGCAAGUUCAUUCCUCGAAGCAGAUGACCUUAAAAACGAAGUUAAAACAGAACCUGGCCUUGAAAUGUUUGAUGAAUAUACUUCAUUUAUUAAUCCAACAAAUAACUUGGAGUACACUUUUGAUUCAAUAGACAACGAGGAUAUUCUCCCAGAAUCAUCCCUCAUUCCUGAGAAUGCAAACGAAGAUACCCACGAUGCGAUUGAAGCUACCCAGCAAUUCUUUGAAGGGCAGAACUGUAAUAUUGCUCCAACAAAGGUAGAGCAACCAGAUUUGGCAACAGGCAACAAUGUUGCCUCCUCUUCAGGUCAAGAACAUCAAGAUGCAGCACCUCACGAGGCAAAUGAAGCAAGCCAACAACCGUUUGAAGAGUUUGCAUAUCCGUUUCUCCAGAGGGCGAGUUACAUGCUGGGGAACAUAUCUGCACCACCUGCAUUUGCAUCAGAGUAUCCUUCAAAGUAUUUGGCAGCUGCUGCUUCACAAGCUUCAACAUCAGUUCGGGUGACCACAGGAAUGAUCCGUAUAAGAGACGUUUCUUUCACAGGGACCAAACUGGACUGGUCAUUGGGGAAGAAUGGUCAUCUGGACAUUGUUCUCUCAUUGAGGUUGGAUCAGGAUCAAGAUCAAGAUCAAAAUCAAAGUGUUGUUGGGUUGAACUCUGGAAAGGGGCAUUCCGGUGUUUCCAGGAGUUGGUUUUUUUGCCUGUUUCUGUGCAUCAUGGUUGUUUCUUUGAGCUCUCAGAUCAGCAGUCUCAUCUGUCCAAGGUCAUACAUGAGCUGAAAAAAUUGGUCAACAGGAGGAGGAUAUGCUUCUGCUUCAUGGUUUAUUUGCUUAGUUUAGCAGCAUCUGUUUAACAAAUAAUCAUUAUCAGUCAUUUUGCUGACUGAUCUCUGAUUCUGGAAUUGGGAAAUGUUUAUUUCUGUUAAAAGUUGUUGGUAACAACAUUUGGGGAAGUUUAAGUUUGACUGGAAGGAAAUAGUACAUCGCUAUUUCAUGUCAUUGUUUUUGUUGAUCUUUUAGUCCUACUUUUAACCAACUGUUCCACGCAAGUUGUGUUUGUUUAUUGUUAUGACUAAUAUUGACUGUUGCUGAUUUAAUCUUAUUCAUAUAUCUUGAU